AUGGCUGAUGAAGAAGAAGAAGUAGAGCAAGUAUGGAGCUGGGGCGCAGGUACGGACGGCCAAUUGGGGACUGCCAAGCUGGAAGACGAGCAUCUCCCUCAGCUCCUCUCGCUGACGUCACUUGCUUCCAUAUCGACGCUCGCCUGUGGCGGCGCUCACGUCAUCGCUUUGACUUCUGGUGGUAAGGUCUUGUCAUGGGGAAGAGGAAGCUCUGGUCAAUUAGGACAUGGAGAUAUUCUCAACACUUUAUUGCCAAAACCAGUGUCUUUCUUCGACGACUAUGUUAUAACUCAAGCUGCAGCUGGAUGGAGUCACUCUGGUUUCGUUUCAGAUUCCGGUUGUCUUUUCACAUGUGGAAACGGGUCGUUUGGUCAGCUUGGUCAUGGUGAUAACAUGUCACAAACCUCUCCAGCUAAAGUCUCUUACUUUGUUAAUAAGAGUGUGAAGAUGGUAGCUUGUGGGAUGCGCCACUCACUUGUCUUGUUCGCAGAGAAUCAAGUGUGUGCUUUCGGAUCUGGAAAGCGCGGACAAUUAGGUUUCUCAUCCGACAGAACAAAGUCAGUAAAUCUGCCAUGUCUUGUCUCUGGAUUAGAAGAUGUUGAGGUUGUUCGUAUAUCAGCUAACGGAGACCACAGUGCAGCUAUAUCUGCUGAUGGACAUUUAUUCAGUUGGGGAAGAGGAUUCUGCGGCGGCCCUGAUAUUCAAACCCCUCAGUGUUUGCCUUCAUCUCUAACUUUCAGAGAAGUUGCUUUAGGAUGGAAUCAUGCUUUACUACUAACCGCUGAUGGCGAGGUUUUCAAGCUUGGUAACACCCUUAAUGACCAAUCUGAGAAACAACAACGGCAAGCAGAUUCAUGUGAAGCCCUCUUGGAGAAAGUUUCAGGUUUUGAUGGAGUUAAAGUUUUGCAAAUUGCAGCAGGAGCAGAGCACUCUGCUGCUGUAACAGAGAGCGGAGACGUUAAUACAUGGGGAUGGGGUGAACAUGGUCAGCUAGGUCUUGGAAACACCAAUGAUGAGACCAAUCCUCAACUGGUGAGCCAAGGAAGUAAAGAUCUGCAUACGGAAGAGAUUAAAGUAUAUUGUGGAAGUGGAUUUACUUAUACAGUAAAGCGAAAACAAGGGCUUUCUUCUUCACCAACCUCAUCAUAG